UCGAGCUUCUCCACCGAAGCAUCCAAUCGAGCCAAAGGAUUACGGGUUUACUAAGCAGCCAAGGAUUUUCUAUUACCAGGAGCAAUAGCCAUGCGUGUCUCGUCGCUGUUCGUUGUGUGUGUGGCCUCCCUAGUGGCCACCACUUUGGCUCGUCCUGAGCCCCCAUCCCCCUACGCCUACCACGGAUUACCCCAGCAGCAGAGCCAGCGGGCUUUGCCACUAAAUGUUCACCCCGUGGCCCCGCAGAUCUACCAAUCUCUGCCCCAGGAGCAGUCCUUUGCCAACUUUGCGGCUCCUCAGCAGACCUACCUGCCACCCCAAAUGCAGCUGGAACCCCUCGAGCAAGUGCCUCCCACUGCCGCCGCUGCUGAGCCCCUGAACGCCUACGAUGACAGCUACAACAUGGCCCACCGCCUGUCCGGAGUGCAGCAUGCCAGCGGAUACAACAACGCGCCCCAGGAGACCAAGGUACACAAGCACAUCUACGUCCAUGUGCCGCCCAAGGACUUCGAGGAGGAGGAUGCCAUCCAGACGCGUGUGCACCACCAGCAGGGACCCAAGCAGAAGCACUACAAGAUCGUGUUCAUCAAGGCGCCAUCUGCCCCGGCCAUCCGUCAGCCAGUGGUGCCACCACCACCCCAGAACGAGGAGAAGACCCUGAUCUAUGUGCUGCACAAGAAGCCGGAGCAGGAGCAGGACAUCGUGAUCCCAACGCCACCACCCACCAAGCCCUCGAAGCCGGAGGUCUACUUCAUCAAGUACAAGACCAAGAAGGAGGAGGCCCCCGUCUAUGGACCCCCGCCUGCGGAAAUGGAGCCCCGUCAGGCCACCGCCGAGGAUUUCGCCCCUUUGGCUGAGGUCGCCGAUGUCCUGCCACCCACUACUUUGGCUCCCGAGCCGGAGUUGGAACAGCCCGCCGUUCCCGCAUCCGUUUAUGGCCCACCCACCGCAGCUGCCUACACCGGGGAGGAGAUCCAGACCACCUUGUCCGCCCCUGCCAACCAGUACCUGCCCCCUGCCACCGCUCCCGCCGCCCUGGCCAUCGAGGAGCCCUCGAUGGCGCCCAUCGUGGUGGAGGAGCAGCCCGAGCAGCGUCUGGCCCCCAUUCCAUCCCAUGUGCCCGCCACCAGCUACGGUCCUCCCAACCGCUUCUUCCUCAAGAAGCUGAAGUGAAGCACCGGACGCUGACGGAGAUGCCUUAGCCAAUUUCCCAGUUUGUCGUAGUCUAAUGCCCAUUGGAUGCACCUCUACCCAAUCCCCUGCUCCCAAUUCACACAUGCACACGUGCCACACUUCCCAACACAUGCACAUAUCGUUGUUUGUUCGUUUGUAAAACUUGUUACUUU